AUGUCCAAAUCGCGUCGGAAUGUCAGGUUUCAACGUCGGGCGUCGAACGGCAGUGAAACUCGACGUCUGAGUAUUUCUGAUGCCAGUGAUGCUGCCUCAGAACCCGGUAGCCCGUCGAAGAAUGGUGCCGUGUCUAAGCAAGCGACAAUUCCCGAGGAGAAACCCGAGCAGCCUCCCCUGUCCGAGUAUGAGAAAAAGAAGCAGACCUUUAUCACUCGCACGAUAUGGACCUUCGUGAUGAUUGCCGGUUUCUUCAUCGCCAUGUUUUCAGGCCAUAUCUACGUCAUUGGUAUCGUCACUGCUAUCCAGAUCGUCUCGUUCAAAGAGGUCAUCGCCAUUGCCAACGUUCCCAGCCGCGAGAAGAACCUGCAGUUCACGAAGUCGCUCAACUGGUACUUCCUGGCUACGACGAUGUACUUUCUAUACGGCGAAAGUGUCAUUUAUUAUUUCAAGCAUAUUCUCCUGGUUGACAAGGUGUUGCUGCCCCUGGCGACCCACCACCGAUUCAUCAGCUUUACGCUGUAUGUCAUGGGAUUUGUCUUCUUUGUUGCUUCUUUGCAGAAGGGGCAUUACCGGUUCCAGUUCACUCAGUUUGCCUGGACUCAUAUGGCACUGUAUUUGAUUGUUGUGCAGGCACACUUCGUCAUGAACAACAUCCUGGAGGGGAUGAUCUGGUUUUUUCUGCCGGCGUCCUUGGUUAUCACAAAUGACAUCUUCGCCUACGUGUGUGGGAUCACAUUUGGCCGGACUCAACUCAUCAAAUUGUCGCCCAAGAAGACUGUUGAAGGAUUCCUGGGUGCCUGGAUCUGUACGGUCAUUUUUGGCUAUUUCAUGACAAAUAUCUUGAUGCGCUACAAGUACUUCAUCUGUCCGGUGAACGACCUGGGGUCCAAUGUUUUGACAGGACUUGAAUGCACUCUCAAUCCAGCCUUCGUACCUAAGCCGUAUUCGCUCCCGGGAUGGACUGGACUGGGCAAGACCUUCUACAUUGAGCCCAUGCAGUUUCAUAUCUUGGUCUUUGCUAGCUUUGCCUCGCUCAUUGCGCCUUUCGGUGGGUUUUUUGCAUCCGGUCUCAAGCGGACAUUCAAGAUUAAAGAUUUUGGCGAGUCAAUCCCCGGCCAUGGCGGUAUCACCGAUCGCAUGGACUGUCAAUUCAUCAUGGGCUUCUUCGCAUACAUGUACUACCAUAGUUUCAUUGCCGUGUACAAGGCGAGUGUCGGCGACAUCAUCGAGACCACCAUUAACGGUCUCAUGGUGGAGGAGCAGCUCGAGGUGGUCCGUGGCCUGGGCAAAUACCUUUACAACCAGGGAGCGGUUUCCGAGACGAUGCUGGAUUGUCUGAAUACCGAACUCAAACGACGAUGA